UCUCUCUCUCCAAGAACUCGAAUCUCUGCUUCUUCUCUCUCCCCCUUAUAACUCUCUCUCUCUCUCUGGUAGAAUUCUCCCAUUCCUGAAAGGAGCUUCCGGCAGUCACCGAUUUCUUUGCAGUAUUCCGAUCUACUAAGCUACGUUUUGGGGCAUUCCAUUCCGCCAGAUUUUGCCGUUUUUCCUUCUCUCUCUCUCUCUCAUUUAGGGUUUCCUCUUUCCUUCUGGUAAUCUCGUUUCGAUUUCAUUUGUUCUUCGAUUUCCGCUGUGUUCUCGUAUUUCUUCGUUCUUCGUUCGUUAUUCUUUCUGUAAUCCUUUAUUUUUUGUUUUAUUUGAUCUGAGAAAACCCAAAAAAGAAGAUAAAUUAUCGUAGUUUGUGAUUGUUUUUUCCGGAUAUAUUUGGUGCUGGUGCUUUCUUAGUAAUUUCCCCUUUGUUCACUCGCCUGUGCUUCAAUCUGGGUUUACGUUCUCAUCGAGAAACUCCCUGAAAUUUUGGUGUGCUUUGUUUUGUUUGCUAUCCGAAAUUGGGAGUUUUUUGUUUCUCGCUUAUUUUUUUUUAUUGCGGGAUCUUUUCUACUAAUUUUUUUCCCCCCCUCUUAAUUUUGUCAAUCCUUCUUUCCCUUGGCGCCGAAAUCAAUAGAAAAAUCUUGGGAUAGGGUGUACCUGUUAAUGGCCUUGAAUUUUUCAUAUCGACCCAUCUUUCCCGCACAUCUUUCGGAAGAAAAUUCGGUUUCUCCGAUGAGCAUUUCAGGUGUUCCCGAGAGAAAUUCUGACGUUUAUGGGAUGUCCUGGCUGAUUAAUCGGGAGCUAGAGAAUUGCCUUGAUUUUUUAGAGGACACCUGUGAAGGGGGUGGGUCGCGAGAUUGUGUCCCGGGGGAUGUUCUGGAUCUCUUGCCUUCAGAUCCAUUUGGAAUGGAUAUGAGUACCACUUUUACAGCGAUCACUGGCUGGCUGGACGAUCUGAAUGUAGACUAUGGUGGUGAUGGUGGUGGUUAUGGAAGAGAUGAGAGAGUUUUAGUUGAUGAGAGUAAUCAGCUUUUUGCUGGAUUGAACUAUAUUUGGAACAAUGCUUUUAGGCUCCAGUCGUUUCCCCAUGGAAAUGAAGGAAUUGUUCAUGGUUCUGGUGAGCGGGGGGGAUUCAGUGAGUGGUCUGAUGGGAGAAAAGUAGGUGGUUUGUCCUGCCAUACUGAUCCUCAAUCAUCAUAUGUUGUGGAUACAAUUCAGACCCUUGGUAUUGAACCUGAAAUUUCUGGAGGGGGAUUUGUUUCGUGGUCCGAUGAAAGAAAUGCAGGUGGUUUAUCCUGCCAUACUGAUCUUGAAUCACCAUAUGUUGUGGAUACAAUUCAAACUCUUGGUAUUGAACCUGAAAUUUCAGGAGGGGGAUUUGGUGCAUGGUCCGAUGGGAGAAUAUCUUUCCAUACUGAUCUUGAGUCACCACGACACGUUGUGGAUACGAUUCAGACUUUUAGUAUCGAGCCUGAAAUUUCUGGAGGGGGAUUCGGUGCGUGGUCUGAUGGGAGAACAGCGGACUGUGUAUCUUUCAGUACUGAUCUUGAGUCACCACGACACGUCGAUACAAUUCAGACUUUUAGUAUUGAACCUGCAAUUUCUGGAGGGGGAGUUGGUGCGUGGUCCGAUGGGAGAACCGCAGGCUAUGUAUCUUUCCAUACUGAUCUUGAGUCACCACGACACGUUGUGGAUACAAUUCAGAGUCUUGGUAUUGAGGCUGAAAUUUCAGGAGGGGGAUUCAGUGCGUGGUCUGAUGGGAUAACAGCGGGCUGUGUAUCUUUCUGUACUGAUCUUGAGUCACCACGACAUGUUGUGGAUACGAUUCAGACUUAUAGUAUUGAACCUGAAAUUUCUGGAAGGGGAUUCGGUGCGUGGUCUGAUGGGAGAACAGCAGGCUGUGUAUCUUUACGUACCGAUCUUGAGUCAUCACGACAUGCUGUGGAUACAAUUCAGACUUUUAGUAUUGAACCUGAAAUUUCUGGAGGGGGAUUUGGUGCAUGGUCUGAUGGGAGAAGAGCAGGUGGUGUAUCUUGCCAUACCGAUCCCGAAUCACCACCAUAUUCUCUGGAUAUAAUUCGUACUUUUAGUAUCGAGCCCGAAAUUUCUGAGGUGCAACCUGUAGUUCUUCAAGAGGGAAAUUGUGUCUCUUCCGAUUUAGGCGAACCUCCUCACACAGCUUUAAAUUUUGUGCUCGGUUAUCUGGGAACGCGGGAACUUCUCGUUAUUGAAUCGGUUUGCAAGUCCCUGCAGUCAACUGCAGAAGACGACCCUUUCUUUUGGAGAAACAUUAACAUAUGUGGAAAGGUGGAUGUGAAAAUUACAGACGACAUUCUCUUAAAAUUGACUAGCAAGGCUCAAGGUGGUCUGGAAAGUCUGAGCCUUGUGAACUGUGUAAUGAUAAGUGAUAAUGGUCUCAACGAGGUUCUUCUCAAUAAUCCCAAGGUCACAAAGUUAUCUGUUCCGGGAUGCACGAGGCUCACCAUUGGAGGCAUUGUAGAUAGUUUGAAGGCCUUCAAGUCGAUAGGUAGACCGGGAUUGAAACAUUUAAGUAUAGCAGGAAUGUAUGGAGUAACAGAAGCUCAUUUUAAAGAGUUGGAGAAGCUGUUAUUAGGAACUGACAACUUGACUCAGCUAAACACCCACGAGCCUCGAUUCUAUCGGGGUGGAAUUCAUUUUCCAUUGUGCAACGAUGGACGUGCCAUCGACAUAGAACGAUGCCCGAAAUGCAUGAACAUGAGGAUUGUUUAUGACUGCCCGGUGGUUGGGUGCAAGGGAAUAAAAGAAGGCGACACCGACCCGAAUGCGAACGCGCAGAGAUGCAGGGGAUGCACGCUUUGUAUAGCUCGGUGCAAUUGGUGUGGACGUUGUAUCGACGAGACAGUACACGAGGAGACGUUUUCUCUGGAUUUGCGUUGCAUUGAUUGUGGGAAGAAGAUAUCUGGGUAAUGAGUUGCUUAUUAUUAUUUAUUAUUAUUAAUUACUGAACAAGAUUUUGAUUUAAUAUCCAUUUUUGUUGUUCAUCUCUAUUCAAUUUUGGUCCUGAAGGAGUUCUGUAUUAUUUUGAAAUUUGUGUUAAAGUUCUGCACCAUUCAUUCAUCUAUGUGCUUCUUGUAACAACUUAGAUGUCAUGUUGUUGGGAAGUUUCAAUAAUGAAAAUGAAAUACAUUUAUAUGUGAUGUUGGGAAGUUACAAUUUGUU